AUGAAGUCACAGACCAUUCUAGCACUCGCAGCUCAAGCUGUUUGCAUCAGCGCGCACACCAUCUUUGUCCAGCUCGAGAGCGGCGGCACGACGUACGAUGUCUCCUAUGGCAUCCGCGACCCUUCUUACGAUGGUCCCAUCACUGACGUGACCUCGGACGACUUGGCCUGCAAUGGCGGACCGAACCCGACAACGCCCUCUUCGGACAUUAUUGACGUGGCGGCCGGCUCAACCGUCACGGCCGUCUGGAGGCACACUUUGACUUCGGGGUCCGACGACGUCAUGGACGCGUCGCACCUCGGCCCGACAAUGGCGUAUCUGAAAAAGGUCGAUGACGCGACGAGCGACUCGGGUAUUGGCGAUGGCUGGUUCAAGAUUGUCGAGGACGGCUAUACCAACGGGGUUUGGGGCACCAGCAACGUCAUCAAUAAUGCGGGAGAGCAGAGCAUUCCCAUCCCCAGUUGCAUCGCGGACGGCCAGUACCUACUCCGAGCUGAGAUGAUUGCGCUGCACUCGGCUUCGUCGACGGGUGGAGCACAACUAUACAUGGAAUGUGCCCAGAUCAAUGUCAGCGGCGGCACGGCAUCGGUCUCACCGACGACUUACAGCAUCCCCGGUAUCUAUGCCGCUGAUGAUCCUGGAUUGUUGAUCAACAUCUACUCCAUGACCAGCUCUAGCACCUACACCAUCCCAGGACCGGAUGUGUUUACUUGUGCUGCAUAG